AUGGCGUUCGGUUGGUCGCAUGUAAUGGAGUCUCGUGCCGGGCGAGUUGGCCCUACGGCCGCGAGCAUGUGCCAGAAGCUCCAUAGUGAGUUCCAGCACACUAUGUUGAGGGUGAAGGACCCUAAGGUGACCAUUGACUUCUAUACAAAACACUUUGGGAUGAAACUCAUUCACAAGUACGACUUCCCUCAGUGGAAAUUCUCUCUAUACUUCCUCGAGACACCGAGGCCGGAUGCUGCUGGUAAACUGCCUACCACGGUUGGCACUCUGGAGAGUGAAAAGUACCUCUGGACGAUGCCUGAUAACUACUUAGAGCUCACUCAUAGCUGGGAUGAUCCUGUCGACUGGAAAGCCAAUAACGGGAAUGAGGAACCUCACCGAGGAUUCGGCCACAUCGCCUUCCAUAUAGAAAGUGAUGACUUGGAAGCCUCAUGUGAGGCACUCCAGAAGGAGGGGGUUCACUUCAGGAAGCUCCCAUCUCAGGGUAGGAUGCGCGAUGUGGCAUNNNNUUUGAAGGAAAGAAUUACAAAGCAUCUGACCAUAACAGGGAGGCAUGAGGAUGUGGCACAGCUCCAGCGUGAAAGCUCGGCCCGACUUGUCUCCCAGUGUUUCCUUCAUCAACCCAUAUACCGUCGAUUGGUGACCAGAAAGUUGUAG